UGGUUCAGUGUGUCCAUAUCAAACCGUGUGACUUGACACUCUGGCCCUCGGGUUCGGUCUGAGGUGGACUAGUUUCAAAAAGGACACUUUCUCAGCCUGGGCCUUUGGUGGCAGAACCUCAUUUAUAAGGCAAAGCGCUUACACCACCAAGAUGAAAGGAAUGUGUUUUUUUUUUUUUUUUUAAAUCAAAGCAAUAGAAGAAAAGGCAGAAAGAAGUGAACUCUAGAGGAAUGCACAGAAUGCAGCAUUAUGGACGCCAAGUGCCAUAAGAAACAAGUGUACGUUUUGGGUACAUGGGCUAAGAAGUAGAGCAAGGAGUAGGAGAAGAAGGAAGUCAUGUAACAUUACGGAUUCCAGAGAACAAAACAAACUAAAUGAUCAUAAUCAUGUGUGGAGCAGUUUCAAAGGAGUUUCCAAUCCUCACAGAUGAUAAUUUUGAACACACACUGGUGUCCGAUGACAUACUGGAUCACUUCUUCAAUGAUUUCUUAAGCAUGCCGUGCUUUUCAGAGGCUCUGCUGCACAACCAGGAGACUGGACUGUUUGAGGUGGUGAGUGGAGCAGCGGAGACGAUCUCAAGACGAAUCCGAUCAGUUCUUCAACACAGCAAAUCACAACUCCUCACUGGUGACCCCUCAAUGCUGACCAUAACUCCUGUUGACAACGAGUACACAGUCUGUUGCUUGGAUGUAAAGCAAGGAAUUGAGUGGAUCAUGAGGGAAAGAUUGCCCUUCUUCCUUAAGAGUGACUGCUACACUGAAUACAGACUUGCAAAGUUGUUGUGUCAGUGGGAGCCAACCCUCUGUGUCCAGAGAAUGAAAAGCAGCUCACACUCCCUGGAGAACAUUUCAUCAAAACAAGAAACGAUGACGAAGAACAACGUUACAUAUUUGCUCUCUGACCACAAAGAACAUACAAAAUACAGGAAGUCUUCCAGAUGUAUCUCCAGCUGCUCUGAGGCAGACAACUCACGUUCCUUAUCCUCUCAGUCUGUGCCAUGUUCCUCCUUCUCCAACCAUAAACGUGAUGAAACUCAGGAACUCCAGAGCCCACAAAUGGGGUUGCAUGUCAGCUUUACAGAGCCACCAGCUGGCAGUUCAGAGAUGCAUUAUCUCGAGGAGUCCAUGAGCCAGAGCUGUGAAUCCUCUGAAUUGCAGCUGGAGAACGUGUCUGACAGAGAGGUUAAACAAAUGCUCAACAAUGCUCUCAACAUAAUGGAUGAUCAGAGCGAGGGAAACAUCUCUGACUGUUUCAACAAGCCUGGAGAACAGACAAGCUGCACCAGCAAAGAGAAACGGUGUGAAUGUAAAGAAAGACUGAAGAGGAACAGAGAGGAAGUUGAGGCAGACAAGUGGGGGAGUGGAGCGGAGAAGAACACAGAAUGGGAUGAGAACACGGAGGAGAGGUGUUGGGAUACCGAUCAAGAAAAUGUCUGUGAUAUAUGUUGCCCUGGUACCUGUUGCCAUGACAAUAAACCAGGAUUGGAUGAGUUCAAGGAGUUUUUACAAGGAACACCAGGAGAAAAGCUGCUUAGUCUCUGGAUGGACAUAGAAAAACUGAAAGCUCUGCAGCACGGAGAACGGAAGAACAGGUACUUGGUCCUGAUGAGGUGUCGAUACCUGCUGAGCAGCAGUCACAGCAGCCUGAACACAGAGCUGCUCUCUAGACUGGGGCUGAUUACCUCCCCCUGCUGGUCAGAAGAGAAUCUGCGUUUAGUCCAGCCCUGCCUCACUGAGGCCCUGCUCUACUAUUGGGCUCCGCGGUUCUGGAGGUCUCAGGAAGUUCAGGAUGACCAUGAUGACGAUCUGUGGACAGAGUGGUGGAAUUGCCCUUUACAAGACAGACGGCCUCAGAGUGAUUCCUUGACUGAAUCCUUUUCCCACCCUGACGCCUCUGUGCCCCAGUCCUCCACAACUGACCCUACACAGAUACUGGAAGAGAAAAGACUGGAGAACAUGUUGCAGGCUCUCUGUGUGGACUCACGCGCUGGCUCCUACUUCACACACUUUUGUGAACAAUCGCAAAACCAGCUGUGGGAGAAUGCAGUUUACUUCUGGACUGACCUGCAGCACUACCAUGAACUUUUCUACCAGGAUGGUCUGGACCCCUACAGAGUACGGAGACAGGCCCAGCUCCUAUACUCCACAUAUCUGUCCACUUCUGCUAAGAGGAGUGUCGGCGUGGACGAGGAGAUCAGAAAGGAGGUGUAUGAGCGACUGAUACCUGCUUAUGAGGAGCUGUUUGACAAAGCUGAGGAGCACAUACUGGACAUUCUGCUGCAGCCGUGGAUGUUGUUGGUCAGCAGGGACAAAGAGUCCUUCCAGCAGGUGCGUAUGCAUGAGCGGGUGCACACGGUGGACAGUCAGGAGUACAGGGAGCUGCAGAGUAUGUUGAAGGAAUCCGAGCGUCUUAAACAGUGCAAUUCUGCUGCUUCUGCCAACCACUCAAAGGAUGACUUGUCCGACUCCUGGUCCAAAGUAUCUCCAAAUUACCAAGGUUAUGGUCUGGCGUCCUUGCUUCGUCUCCGCCAUGAGAUUGGGCACUUUAUGUCUUUCCUCGAUGAUCAAGACGCCAGUGUUCACCUGACAUGUUGGCUGGAUCUGGAGCGGUACAAGAGGACUCGUCCAAAGGACAAGACUGUCAAUCGAGAGAGGUCGUCCCACAUCGCAGCCAAAUACCUCAACAGGAAGUAUUUCUUUGGCCCUGAAAGCCCUGCCUCAACAGAACAACAGGACGAGAUUUUUCAUAUGGUAGGUGGAAUGGACAAUCUGAAGCCUGAGUGUCUCUCAGACCUCGUCAUCGCAGAAAUCCAGGACAUUGUCAAGAAUCACCUUGAGAAAACAUGGCUGCCCAAGUUUCUGUCCACAGGAGAGUUCGUAGAGCGACAGAGACAAAAACCACAGCUCCGAUCAUCAACAGGCAAGCGCUCUCAGUACGUCCCCCGUCGAAGCAGGAGGAGGAGAAAACACUGGAAGGUCGACAGCUGGAUGAGUUCCUCCAAAGAGAUUCUCCAGUUUCGACAGUUCUUACUCAACCCCGUCACUUGUACACAGUUCCAGCACUACGUGUCCCUGAAGGGAGACUUCCUGGAAAAUGACCUGCUCUUUUGGUUGGAGGUCCAGAGAUAUAAAGACCUUUCUCAUUCUCACAGUGAAGAAACCACCAUCCAGCAGAAGAUCACCACCAUCAUCAGCUGUUUUAUCAACUCAUCCAUGAACCCCAAGCUGCGCAUAGACAUUAGUCCUGAACAGGCCCAGUACAUUCUGGAGAAACGCCAUGAGAUCGGCCCUUACAUCUUCAGAGAAGCACAGCUGUCAGUGUUCAAUGAACUACUCAAGUUUUGGCCCAAAUUCCAAGAGUUGAGCAAAACUGUCCGAGAGGAGCAGCUCCUUCCUCUACUGCAGGCGAAGCGGGCCAAACACAAAAACAGAUUACGACGACAAAGGAGAAAAGAGGAGGAGGAGGAACAGGAGGAGGAAGAGGAGGAGAGGAGGAGAAAAGCCCAUGAAGAGUGGGAGAAACAAGAAUCUGACAACUCAGGCAGUGACUCGGACACGGGAGAAGCCAAAAGUGACUGGAAGACGUGGAGCAAACAGCUGAUGGCGCCCAAACAGCCGCUUUCGUGGUCCUACUCCAAGUAUGUGGCAGCUCUGAAGCAAGAGGAGGUGCAGCUGAGUAAGACUCCACCAGAAACCUCUUUCUCCACAAUCUCAGACGACUCGUCUUUCUACAGCGCGAGGUCAGCGGAGAGUGAUGUCAGGCGGUCACAUCGCUCGUCCAGAGCAGACAGUAAACAGUGUAACAUGCAUAACAGGAGGUGAAAGCUGCUCGUUUGACCUCU